AUGAACCAUCAGGUCGAGACGGGUGCCGGCGCCAGUCAAGGAAUGAACACAGCAGGUGGACGUUCAUCCAACGAUGCGGCCACCAGCUCGUCCUCUGGCAACGGCCGGGACGGCCAUGGUGAGAACGGUACAGCAACAACCAGCAUCACGACCGGACCGAGUAAAGUCGACGUUUCCCACUUUCCGCAUUAUGGACUGAAGCGUGGCAUGGCUUGUACCUUUUGUCGUCGUCGCAAGCUGCGCUGUUCCGGAGACCGACCAUCAUGCACAAACUGUCAAAAGUAUACCAAAGUGUGUGAAUACGGCCCACCCGUCAAAGAGCAAAAGAAGCAGGCCUCUGGCGGUUCGAACAAUGCGUCCCGGGCCCAGUAUGACGCGGGCAUCGCGGCGCAGGCACAGCCCCAGCAAGAGUCUCUCCCAAGCACCGUCGAGUACAACGCCAUAAGCAACAUGUACGCGGGGACAAUGCCUGUCUCGUACGACAUGUUCCAGGACAGCAACAUGGUCGACUCCAGUUUCCUGGCGGCCAGCCAGCUCUCGCCGGACGGUAUCUCGUACCAAGGCUCGACGUUCGAGUUCACCCAGCCGUCGCCGUUUGUGGAUACGUCUGUCAAUGUGCAACCCAUCAUUGGCAUGCCGCCAUAUGUGCCCCAGACAGGUUCUGGAUUCAGCACGUUUCCAGACCAGCAACAAUCGACACAGUGGAUGCCAGCACCCCAGAGCAUGCCGGGUUCUCAGGCGUAUGACCCGAAUACCAUGUCCUCGGCGUCGUAUAUGGACAUGUACGCCGAACCGUCGUCUUACAGUGCGCCAUACACAGAUGCCAGCAUGCCAUCGGCGUCUGUCAACGGUCUUCCGUCGGACCCGUCGACACCAGACGACGUGCUCAAGCAACAGUCAGGAUCCGCAAUCUCCGGCGGUUCCAACCCAGACACCCCGACGUCGUCGACGACCACCACGUCGCGGCCGUUCCCGUCCAGAAUGUACCAGCAGACCGCGGCUCUGCACUAUGUCGCAGACGCCAAUGUUGUUGACGGACUGACGGAACGCCUCGGCGAGUUCCUCUUCAGCCCCAACGCGAGCUCCGUCAAGGAAGAGGAGCAACUCAAGCGACGAAAGAAGGUGUCCACCACUCGAGCAGCCACCGUCCCCAUGCGGCCAACAUCGCCAGGAUCGAUAAGACGCAUGCGCAUGGAGUUCGACGGCCUGAAGGAUGCGGCACGCUCACUCCUCCUGGACUGUUUCCUGGCACACACGACCCUCUUCUUCGAGAUGAGCGUUCCCCGCUUCCAGUACCGCAUGACCUUUUCAGAUCGUCGUCGACCAUCACUUGCCCUGCUCAACGCCAUGUAUCUCUGGGCAACACGCAUAUCCAACAGCCCGUCCAUGUCUGAGCAGGAGCAAAACUUCUUCGAACAGGGAUGCAAGCACCUCGACACGUCUACUUCCACCGUUGACCGUCUUAUCGACGCUGUUCGAGCUGCGAUGCUCUUGGCAGCCUACUCGCACUCGUCAGGACGUCACCACGAGGGCUGGUGUCUAGCCGGUCUGGCCGUACGCCUUGUGCUGUCAUGCGGCCUCCAUCGCAUCAAGUCGUGCGUCCACAAGCCCGAGCAGCCAAACAACCCCUUCUUGCGCAACCGCAUCUUCCUAUUGCCUCCACCAGAAGAUGCCGUCGAGUUGGGAGAGCGCAUCCACGCCUUCUGGUCAGUGUUUGCGAUUGACCGCUGUGGUGCCCUCGCCACUGGAUACCCAUCCGGAAUCAGCGACGAGGAUAUUACAACGCCGUUUGGCAGGCCCCUCGCCGACAUUGCAUCGGGAAGUGUGUCUGAGCGUGAUGACGUGACUGUCCGCGACCUGUACACGGGUAACGGCGGCGGCGCGGGUGAAAACGACAACAAUUACACCAAAUGGAUCAAGUGCGUCGCCAUUCUUGAACGUUCCGCCAAGCUCUCCUUCCGCGAUGCAGCGCCUGGCUCGCCAUACUCGGUCGCGUGGGACAACUACACGCUCAACCUCCACCGCAACCCAAGCCUGCAGCCGCCGCCCGAGAUUCUCAACCAGCCAAGAUACCGCAACCCCAAAGACUACCAAGAGUGUCGCUUGGCUGUGGAGCAGCUGGUCACUGCGCUUGGCGAAGAGGGAAUCUUCCCUGUGCUCCGCAAGCAGCGUGCUCAGGAAGAUGGCGCCCCCGAGCCCGAGAUCACCAACCACACCCUCAUGCUGCACCACCUCAUCUGUGCUGUCCGCAUGAUGCUGCACGACAUCAACUCGAUCGGCGUCGAGAACCAGGACGCGCUCGAGGCGGCCCGCCAGAGCGUGCUGUUGUUCCGUGCCAUGCCCCCCAUCCCCUUUACGGACGUGGACGCGUUCGUCGUGCUGGUGUGGAGUGUCAUCGCCAAGGUCCUCGUCAAGGAGAUUCACCGUCUGUCCAAACUCGGCGACCACGCCACGGCCGUCAACGUCGGUCGCGAGGCCGACGUCAUCAUCGAGGAAAUGGCGCGGAUCGGCAUGACCAUGCACCUGGCAGGAACACAGGCCAAGGCCGUCGCCGAGCUCAAGCGCGCCGCCUUUGCUGCGGGCGACGAAAACGCCGCCGACAUGGCCAUGCCCCCGCACCUCGAGACGUUCCUGUUCCCCCUCCCCAUGCCUGCCAUGCCUGCGGCGUCGUUUGCCGACAUGGCCAGCCAAAUGAGCAUGGCCCAGAACGUCCAUAAUAACGCUCUGACCAUGACAUAG